AUGGCGUCAAGCUAUAUAAAUAAGCCAGCUGGUCUACCAUGUGCUAACUCCUCCGCAUCGUUUUGGCACUCCGAGCCAAACACAUUCCUCUGGGGCCACAGAACAACAGAAGAUCUUCCCAAGCAAGCAGACGUAGUCAUCGUCGGCAGCGGCAUCACAGGUGCCUCUAUCGCUCGCUACCUCGCCGCCGACUCCCGCGCAAGCUCACUAUCAGUCGUCCUUCUCGAAGCACGAGAGAUCUGCUUCGGCGCUACAGGCCGCAACGGAGGCCACUGCCAACCCCUCCUCUUCGACCGCUCACCCACCGUCGCCGCCUUCGAAGUUAAAAACGUCCACGCCGUCAAAUCCUACAUCGAAGAACACAACGUCCCCUGCGAAUGGCGCUCCGUAACAGGCUGCCGCUCCUUCUGGACGCCCGAGCUCUUCGCCUCCGUGAGACAGGACAUCGAGCAUCUCGUAAAGACGAACCCGGAACUCGGCGCCAUGGUUCAGGUAGUCGAGGCCGGUGAUGCCAAGACCAUGCAGAGACAUCGAGUGAAUGCUAACGCGGCGGGAUUGACGCUCUCGCAGGGGGCUGGGCAGCUGUGGCCGUAUAAAUAUGUGACGUUUAUUGUUGAGAGGUUGGUGAGGGAGGGGAGGUUGAAUGUGCAGACUAAUACGCCUGUGACGAGGAUAACGAGCAGUAACAGCAGCAGUAAUGCUAAGUCGGGAUACAGACAAACGCUACACACUCCCCGAGGACAAAUGGCAGCACGACACAUUAUCCUCGCGACAAACGGGUAUACCUCCCACCUCCUACGCAACUUCACCGACCUCAUCGUCCCCGUCCGAUGCGAAAUGUCAGCUCUUCAUCCCCCGCCUGGCUCCGAACGACUACCCAACUCCUACGGCAUGGUAGGGUUCGAGGGCGGCAACUCCGAACACGACGAUUAUCUGAUUCAACGGCCAUUCUAUGACUCUCCCAACGGCGACGGGACGAGACGCGGUGGUCAUUUGAUGUUCGGUGGCGGUCGUAGCUUCGCCAUGUAUGACUGUGUAGGCGAGUCGGACGACGAUAUCGUCGACCCUGGCGAAGCUGAUUAUCUACGUCGAGCGCUGUUGAAGAUGCUCGAGCUCGGCGGUAUUGAUACUGCAGGGAUGGAAGAGCUUAAGGCUAGUCAUCAGUGGACGGGCAUCAAGGGGUAUUCGAGGGAUAACAUGCCUUGGGUGGGGAAGGCACCGUCGCACGAGGAAGGUGCCAUGACUUUUGAGGACGGUCUAUGGUUGUGUGCUGGGUAUACAGGGCAUGGGAUGCCGAACGCUACGCUUUGUGGCAAGGCUGUUGUAGACAUGGUACUGGCUGAGGAGAGCAAGACGAUACAGUACGCAGAGUUUUGCAGGAGGCUCAUAGAGGGAGGAGAUUUGCCUGAGUCGUAUCUUAUCACAUCGGAGCGGAUGAAAGCUGCACAUGGCUUGCCGUCUGUGGCGGAACAAGAUGCUGCUGGUGGACAUCACGGGCCGCAAAGUCUGAAACAGGAUGUGAGCGGUUCUUCGAGUGGUCGUGGUUCGAAAUGUUCGUUGAUGUAA